GCAAGGAGGCCAUUUCAAAUAUGAAUGUAAACAUGAAAGAGGUGGGAAACAGAGUGUAAAUGUGUAUUUCGAGCAGUAAGUUGCAAAGUAAAAGUAUUAUCAGAAGAGGUCUCCGUGAUUAUGUGUCUGAGAAACGAUUUAAAUUUUAACAAUAUAUUCUUCAAAGGAAUAUUGGCAGGUGCGUGCUAUGUUGAAAUUGACAACACGUUGUAACAUUAGGCCAAGGAUAAGUCAAGUUUGAAAUUAUGUCUUCAACACCGGUGGGUGCUCAAAGAAGUAAAUCCAUGAAAGGAAAACGUGUUUUACCGGUGGUACCUGGGGGUACACCGCGGGAUAAAUCUCCAUCGGUGACCAGGUCUGUCACCUUCAACCGGGAAACGGUCGAAACAUCAAUUGGGGGGACUCAAAGUAUCGCUCGACUCAAGCAUGACCCACUUAGUCUGUCCAUUAGUAUGUCUGUUAAUGAGGACAACAGCACGUCAAUAUCAUCAACAUCUGAGGAGGAGUCGGUGUUACGUGAAAAAAUCCCCACCCCCAGACAGCCCAGCCGCCUCCCCGUGUAUAGGUCCCCCAGUGGGGGGAAUACCCCUAGAUCUAAGUCCCCCCUCUCAUGGAAUGUAGAUAAUAAAGAAAAUUUUCUUACACCAGUGAAAGAUGGACGUCGAGCGACGUUGGAGAGUCAUAUAGAUAUGACAAUGUCCAGCCCGGACCAACUUUAUAACUCUAACAUGAGGACCCCAGCUAGGAGAUACACCCUGGACGAUAAAUUACUGGCUACGCCAGAGUGUUAUUCCGCAGUUCAGAUGGACCUGCCGCGGUACGAGAUGAUGCUCGAUAAAGAAAGCACUGUGUAUGAGGAGGACAGCUCCAGUGUGAUGGUGGCCGUGCGAGUUCGUCCUUAUAGUACAAGAGAACUGAGCGAUGCCAAUGUCCGCUGUGUGGUAUCCAUGGAUGGUAACGAGACGGUGGUGCGGUCUCUGGACAGCGGUCACCACUACCGCUUCAACUUUGACUUCUCCUUCUGGUCAUUUGACAGUACCCACCGGGACUUUGCCGGUCAGGAGCAGGUAUACAGACAGUUGGCCCAGCCCCUACUGGUCAAGGCGUUCGAGGGCUACAACACUUGUUUGUUUGCGUAUGGUCAAACUGGCAGUGGGAAAAGUUACAGCAUCAUGGGACAUGGGAGUGAAGUAGGAAUCAUUCCCCGGUUCUGCGAGGAGUUAUUUUCCAGGGCCUACCACGACCAAGAGGUUACGAGGGACUCUGAAAUGGUGAAGAUCAAUGUUGAGAUUUCCUUCUUUGAGAUCUACAAUGAGAAGAUUCACGAUCUGUUGGCCUCCUCCAAGGAGAAGGGAGGAAAGAAACCUACGCUUAAAGUACGAGAACACCCUGUCUUGGGACCUUACGUUGAAGGACUCUCUACUUAUGUUGUCAACUCCUUUGAAGAUGUAGAGGGAUGGAUAACUCUUGGAAACAAAAACCGCGCAACGGCAGCUACAGGAAUGAACGAUAAGAGCAGUAGAUCUCACUCCGUCUUCACCCUUGUUCUUACACAGACCAGGGACCUAAUGUGUGAAACAGAGACGGAGGAGAUUGAGGGCAUUCAACACGACCAUUCCAUCACCAGUAAGAUUAACCUGGUUGAUCUGGCCGGGAGUGAGAGGCAGUCCCAGGCUCAGACCUCGGGGGAGAGGCUCAGGGAAGGUGCUAACAUAAACAAAUCCCUUUUGACCUUGGGGAAGGUUAUUUCCUCUCUCUCGGAGCAGUCCAUUAUGGGGGCCAAGAAGAAAAAGUCUUUCAUCCCGUACCGGGAUUCAGUUCUCACCUGGCUUUUGAAGGAGAGUUUGGGAGGAAACUCCAAGACAGCAAUGAUCGCCACCAUCAGCCCCUCCCAUCACCACAUCGAGGAGACCCUCAGUACUCUUAGAUAUGCAAAACAAGCUCGAGCCAUUGUGAAUUUGGCACGUGUGAAUGAAGAUCCUAAAGCUAGAAUGAUCAGAGAAUUGAAGGCGGAGAUUGAUCGCCUGAGGAGUCAGAGCGGGGUCAUGAAUGAGGAGCAACAGUCGGCGAGUCUAGCGGAAAUCACAGCCCUGAAGGAAAAACUGGCGGUCAGGGAGAAAGAGAUGGAGGAAAUGACAAGAUCCUGGUUAGAGAAACUGAGGCUUUCUGAGGAGAGAAAAGUAGAAGAGGCUAAACAAUUAGAGAAAGCUGGCAUCACCUUCAAGGUGGACAACAAACUGCCUAACCUGGUGAAUCUGAACGAGGACCCCCAGCUGUCGGAGAUGUUACUGUAUGUCAUCAAAGAGGGACAGACCAGGGUCGGGAGAAUGUGUCCCAGCUCCAAGCAUGAGAUACAGCUCAAUGGGGCCCUGAUAGCCGACAAUCACUGUAUCAUAAACAAUGAAGAAUGUGUUGUAAGCAUCACUCCAAUUGAUGACUCCCCAACCUACGUCAACGGAAAUCUGGUCUCAGAACCAGCAAUUCUUCACCAUGGUGACAGAGUCAUAUUGGGUGGAGACCAUUAUUUCAGGUUUAACCAUCCUAUUGAAGUAAGCAACAAGCAGACAACACCAGCCCAGCAGGAAAUGAAGGACUUUGAGUUUGCUAAACAAGAAGUCCAGAGAGUGCAAGAAGCAAGGUUGCAGGCUGAGCUUGAGGAAGCAAGGAAACAAGCUCAGGAAGAGAUGUUCUUAGAGCUGGAGAAAGCGAAGCGGGAAGCUGAGAUGGAAUGGAACUCCAGGAAAACUGGAUAUGAGGACAAACUGAUAGAGCUGGAGCAGUCGCGACAGGAGGCUCAGGAGUUCAUACAGAAACUUCAGAAACAAAAAAUGCUCUUAGAACAAGAAGUUCUUGCAGGUAGAAAGAGACAGCAGCUUGAAGCUAAAGCUGCUGAAAAAGUAGCAAGUCAGCCAGAUUCUGCGAGAGGUUCCAGGCUUUUGGAGUUUUUAGAGUCUGAGAAACAGAAAGCAGCUCAGAGGAUUGAGGAAGUGAAACAACGGAGAUCGGAGAUGAUGUCCAUUACACGUCGUAAUGGCUUCCUUGAAUCGGGGAAAACUGAUCUGUAUAAAGUAGCUCUACUGCUCAGAGAGGCCAACAAAAUUAGUCAGCUGCUUAAGAAACACACAACAUUCUGUAGGUUUGAUUAUCUGGAAGAUGACAAAAUGAAAACCAAGAUAAAAGUGACCAACACAAAGCUCGGAGUCUGCACCUUCUGGUCCAUCGUCAAGUUUGAGGACAAACUGAUGCAGAUGAGAGACCUAUACCAGAAUGAUGCUGAUAGUUCUGCUGAUGAUGAGUUAUUCAAUGAUCCUAGUGAUAAAUGGGAGCAGGACCUAUCUAAUACUCCAGGGAGAUCUCCAAAGAGUCGGCUUCAUCGUAGAUCUUCCGUAACAUCGCCUUACAGAGCUAGUGUGUCAAGUUUCAAUGCCAGCCUUAUGAAAGGUUCAGUGAGCAGUAUGCCAGACUGUCUCUGUCCCCACCACAGCCAAUCAGAAUCUGUUCUCAAUGUGUACAAAUCACAUGCUCUUGCAAUUAUGGACAACUUCCACUCCCUGCAUAUGGAGGAGAGCGUGGCAGACAAAAUCACCAGUUCCUGCAGCAAGAUCAAGAGCGCUGUCCUCAGGAUCACGGACUACCACAGCUGUGUUCACAAUGACAGCAUUUCAGAUGGUCAGCCAGAUGAAGUGAUUCAGACCGAGGGACUUGAGCUGGUGUCCAACCUCCAGUGUCUGACGGCCUGUUCUGCUGUCUGGUCCUCCAUGUACAUGAGGGAACAGCUCCAGUCAGCCAUCAUACACGACCUGACCCAUAAACUGAGGGACCAGGUCAAGGCCAUUGGAAACCAAGUAGUUCUCUUCUUCCAGGGGUGUGAAGGAGAGAUCGAGAGCUUGAUCCAGGAGUCAAGUUCUAAUAUCAUAGACAAUGUAAUGAGUGUAUGUCGGAUCACAGGGGAGUUAGCCCUUGCUACAGACACUAGGAUGGUCAGUCUAGAGGUGUUCCAAAUGGAUGAUUCAUCAACAAUAGACAAGUUAAGUGCAGAAGUGUGUCAGUCGUUCCUGGUUGGGUGUGAUGAACUUGUAGACAAGAGCUUACAAGGGGCCAUUUCUUCUCUGGAGGAACUCGAAGCCAAGGCUCAGCAACUGGGGGACGUCUCAGCAGCAAAAAUUAAUUUAGGAGAGGUACCCAGAAGUGUUGAAAUUAUCAUUAGCUCAGCCCGAGAUUUGCUUGAAAAAUGUCAGGAGGUUCAAGUGGAGAUUGACAUGAGUGUUAGGGAGGGCUUCCAGUCCAUCCCUGCCUCCUUCUACAGCUUGAGUUACAAGCGAUGUCGCGGCCUGGUGACCCAGAUCAGUAACCUCCUUGAAACGGUCAAUCUUCUGAUGCAGAGUGUUCAGCCUGUUGUUCAAGGUAAAGACAAUGAUGUAAGAAAACUAUGUCGAUGUGCAGAAUUAAUACAGAAAGGCGCACUACGUUUAAUUUCUACGACCUCUAAAGACAAGGUCAAGGACGGAGAUCUGUCGGACAUUUCUGUGUUAUCGAACUCCCAGUAUGAGCAACUGGAGCUUGCCGCAAGAGAAUUGUGUUCAGCGACGAAAUCAUUGAUUGAGCAAACUGAGAAAGUGGCCCAAAUAGAGACCCCCGUCACUACCCCCCGGGGUAAACGUCUUCUCCCCGUGUCACCUGAUAAAGCUCUAGCGUCAUCCCUGAAGAGGAACAUUUCUAUAAUCAGAACUCCCAUCAGAAACGGGGACAGUGGUCAAAAACAUUGAGCUUAAAUCGAAAGUAGAAAAUUAUCCGCUGAAAAUUAAAUGCCUUUAUUAUGUCUAUUUACCUGGAUAUUAUGUAAAUUUUUGUAUGGGGUAUUUAAAAAUUGAAGUAAAUAUUAUGCAAUUUUAGAUGGGCAUGACUGGUUAAACCAUGUUUUUAUUCAUAAAGAUUCGUUAUUUAUUUAUUUAAAAGCUUGCUCUGUUGCACUGGCAAGAUUAUAUGGUGUGUUAUUUGCUUAAGAGUUUUUUUAGAGUCUGAAACAAAAAAUAUUAUUAGUAAUGGACUUUCAGUAAAAGAACAGUUUUUAUAUCAGAUGCCUUCCAUUGUUACUAAACUACACUCAAGUAACUGUCAUCUUGCUAUUAUAAAAACAAGUGUUUUUAACCAUAUGUAAAAAGAGAAGUGCAAUGUGAAAUUGCAAAAUGACUUAAUAUAAUCAUGCAUUGUUGAUAAAUUUGUAAUACACAA